AUGGAUGAAGAGGCUGAGGCGAGUUCAAGUACAUCGCAGAAAAAGAGUAUAUCAGCUUCAUCGCUUACGUGGCUUGCAUUCCAGAGCCUUGGAGUAGUUUAUGGAGAUUUGGGCACAUCUCCCUUGUAUGUUUUCUACAAUACAUUUCCAGAUGGAAUUGAAGAUACCGAAGAUGUUGUAGAGGCUUUGUCAUUAAUUAUAUACUCCCUCGCUCUCAUCCCUCUCAUCAAAUAUGUUUUCAUAGUUUGCCAAGCAAAUGACAACGGCCAAGGUGGGACAUUUGCUCUUUAUUCUUUAAUCUGUCGACAUGCAAAAUUAAGAACCAUUCCUAACCAAGACCAGUCUGAUGAAGAGCUAACGACUUACAGUUGUUCCAUACACCAAGAACAAUCAUUUGCUGCUCGCAGCAAGAGAUGGUUGGAGAAUCAUGGUAGCAGCAAGACAGGACUUAUAGCUCUUGUGCUUAUUGGCUCUUCUAUGGUGAUUGGAGAUGGGAUUCUGACUCCAGCUAUAUCAGUUUUAUCAGCCACUGGUGGGAUCAGAUUAGAAUACCCCAAGAUGACGUCGAGUGCCUUGAAUGAAAAGCUAGUUGUGAUUGUUGCAGUUGCAAUAUUAGUUGUUUUGUUCAGUGUGCAACAUCAUGGUACAGACAGAUUUGGCCAUCUCUUUGCCCCAAUUGUCUUCCUUUGGUUUCUGAUAAUUGGAGGUAUUGGUAUAUUCAACAUUUGGAAAUAUGACAGCAGUGUUCUGAAAGCUUUUUCACCUCUAUACGUAUGUCGGUUUUUCAGAAAGGGAAAUGGUUGGACCUCCCUUGGAGGUAUAGUGCUUUGUAUAACAGGGACUGAGGCCCUUUUCGCUGAUUUGUCCCAAUUUCCAGUUCUAGCCAUACAGAUUGCUUUCACAACAAUUGUGUUUCCAUGCCUUCUUUUAGCCUAUGCUGGACAAGCUGCCUAUCUGAUGAAAAAUGCGGAUCAUGUUUUUGAUGUGUUCUAUCUCUCUAUCCCAGAUACCAUAUAUUGGCCAGUGUUUGUUGUUGCCACAGCAGCUGCUAUUGUUGCAAGUCAGGCAACAAUAUCUGCAACAUUUUCAUUGAUUAAGCAAGCUGCUGCACUUGGCUGUUUUCCAAGAGUGAAAGUCGUGCAUACAUCAAAGAGGAACCAUAGCCACAUAUACAUUCCAGAAAUUAAUUGGAUUCUUAUGGUUCUCUGUGUAGCUGUCACAAGUGGAUUCAAAAAUCAACACCAAAUUGGAAAUGCUUGUGGGCUAGCAGUUGUGAUAGUAAUGCUGGUAACAACACUGCUGAUGAUUUUGGUUAUGGUAUUAGUAUGGCGCUGCAAUUGGAUUCUUGUCAUGUUCUUCACCAGUUUAUCACUACUAGUCGAAGGCACCUACUUUUCAUCAAUGAUCUUCAAGGUUAAUCGAGGUGGAUGGGUUCCGCUCGCCAUUGCAACAACCAUUUUCAUAAUCAUGUCUGCUUGGCAUUAUGGUACAAUACAACGUUAUCAAUUUGAGAUAUAUAGUAAGGUCUCGAUUAAAUGGAUUAUCGGUCUUGGACCUAGUUUAGGACUAGUUAGAGUCCCUGGUGUUGGGUUUGUUUAUAGUGAUCUAGCUAGUGGAGUGCCUCACAUAUUUGCACAUUUCAUCACCAACCUUCCUGCAAUUCAUUCUGUUGUAGUUUUUGUUUGUGUCAAGUACCUUCCUGUCUACAAAGUCCCUGAAGGUGAACGAUUCCUUGUAAUGCGAGUUGGCCCCAAGGGCUUCCACAUGUUCCAUUGUGUUGCUAGAUAUGGUUACAAAGAUCUCCAUAGGAAAGACGAUGAAUUUGAGAAAACACUCUUUGAAAGUCUCUUCAGGUUUAUCCGGCUUGAGUCCUUGAUGGAUGAUUUUUUAGACGCAGAUGUGUACUCCGAGCUUUCAGGAGAUGACAAUGCCACCCAUAAGAACUCCAAAGUGGAAACUGAAGCUGACAUAGAUUUUGCUUCAGUAAGCUCAGUUACCACCGUCGAGUCCACAGCUCAAGUAAACAACAAUGUCAUCAUGCCUGCGAGUCAAUUCAUGCAUAAGAAUGAUGAAAUGGAGGAGUUUGAGUUCCUGAGAAAAAGCAGAGACACAGGAGUGGUGCACAUACUUGGGAGGACGGUGGUUAUGGCGAGAAGGGAUUCAGGGCUUUUCAAGAAAUUAGUGAUUGAUCACAUCUAUACUUUUCUGUGGAAAAUGUGCAGGGAGCCAAGCGCAUUGUUCAAUCUUCCCCAUGAGUGUUUACUGAAUGUUGGACAAGUGAUUCUUGUAUAACAUGCACAAUUUGUCUGAUUGACAGAGGGAAUCAUAGAGGAAUGUUAUUCAGUUAUAAGUAAACAGUAUGCAUCAGGAUGAGAGAUUGGGCCAUUACAUUAGCAUGAAUUUUCAGAAAUUUUCGUAGGUUUAAGUAAUUUUUAGGAGGUUUCAGCUUAGAAUAUAGGUG